GAGCCUUCUCGGGCGCUUCUAGGCGGGGGCGGCUCUAUGGGCCCGGCUUCCGGUCCUCCCAAUCCUUGACCCCACCCUGGCUCCUUCUCCUCUCUUCAUUAAGGAAGGCUUCUGCUGCUUCUCUUCCUUCUCCUUCUUCCUCUUUAGUCUUAGGAAACCGAAGCCAUGACGGAUUCCAAGUACUUCACCACCAAUAAAAAAGGGGAGAUCUUUGAGCUGAAAGCAGAGCUCAACAAUGAAAAGAAGGAGAAGCGGAAGGAAGCUGUCAAGAAGGUCAUUGCGGCCAUGACCGUGGGCAAGGACGUCAGCUCCCUCUUUCCAGACGUGGUCAACUGCAUGCAGACAGACAACCUGGAGCUGAAGAAGCUGGUCUACCUGUACCUGAUGAACUACGCCAAGAGCCAGCCAGACAUGGCCAUCAUGGCUGUCAACAGCUUCGUCAAGGACUGCGAGGAUCCCAACCCGCUGAUCCGCGCACUGGCAGUGCGCACCAUGGGCUGCAUCCGGGUGGACAAGAUUACGGAGUACCUGUGCGAGCCGCUGCGCAAGUGCCUGAAGGAUGAGGACCCUUACGUGCGCAAGACGGCCGCCGUCUGCGUAGCCAAGCUGCAUGACAUCAACGCCCAGAUGGUGGAGGACCAGGGCUUCCUUGACUCCCUGCGUGACCUCAUUGCCGACUCCAACCCCAUGGUGGUGGCUAAUGCGGUGGCGGCCUUGUCGGAGAUCAGCGAGUCGCAUCCCAACAGCAACUUGCUGGAUCUGAACCCGCAGAACAUCAACAAGCUGCUGACGGCGCUGAACGAGUGCACCGAGUGGGGCCAGAUCUUCAUCCUUGACUGCCUCUCCAACUACAACCCCAAGGAUGACCGCGAGGCCCAGAGCAUCUGCGAGCGAGUGACCCCUCGCCUCUCCCAUGCCAACUCGGCCGUGGUGCUUUCAGCCGUCAAGGUCCUGAUGAAGUUCCUAGAGCUGCUGCCCAAGGAUUCAGACUAUUACAGCAUGCUCCUGAAGAAGUUGGCCCCGCCCCUGGUCACUCUCCUGUCCGGUGAACCCGAGGUCCAGUACGUGGCCCUCCGCAACAUCAACCUCAUCGUCCAGAAAAGGCCCGAAAUCCUGAAGCAGGAGAUCAAGGUCUUCUUUGUGAAGUACAACGACCCCAUCUACGUCAAGCUGGAGAAGCUAGAUAUCAUGAUCCGCCUGGCCUCUCAGGCCAACAUCGCCCAGGUCCUGGCCGAGCUCAAGGAAUACGCCACAGAGGUGGAUGUGGACUUUGUCCGCAAGGCUGUCCGCGCCAUCGGACGAUGCGCCAUCAAAGUCGAGCAAUCGGCCGAGCGCUGUGUCAGCACCCUCCUGGACCUCAUCCAGACCAAGGUCAACUACGUUGUCCAGGAGGCCAUCGUGGUCAUCCGGGACAUUUUCCGCAAGUACCCCAACAAGUACGAGAGCAUCAUUGCCACCUUGUGCGAGAACCUAGACUCUCUGGACGAGCCAGACGCUCGGGCAGCGAUGAUCUGGAUCGUGGGUGAAUACGCCGAGCGGAUCGACAACGCGGACGAGCUCCUGGAGAGCUUCCUGGAAGGCUUCCACGAUGAGAGCACCCAGGUGCAGCUCACCUUAUUGACUGCCAUUGUGAAGCUGUUUCUGAAGAAGCCGUCGGAGACGCAGGAACUGGUCCAGCAGGUGCUGAGCCUAGCCACACAGGAUUCGGACAACCCGGACCUGCGGGACCGUGGCUACAUCUACUGGCGUCUGCUGUCCACGGACCCGGUGACGGCCAAGGAGGUGGUCCUCUCGGAGAAGCCCCUCAUCUCGGAGGAGACGGACCUGAUUGAGCCCACGCUGCUAGACGAGCUCAUCUGCCACAUCGGCUCCCUGGCCUCUGUCUACCACAAGCCCCCCAACGCCUUCGUGGAGGGCAGCCACGGCAUCCACCGCAAGCACCUGCCCAUCCACCACGGGAGCACCGACGCCGGAGACAGCCCGGUGGGGACCACAGCCCCCCCGAACCUGGAGCAGCCACAGGUGAUCCCCUCCCAGGGCGACCUCCUGGGCGACCUCUUGAACCUCGACCUCGGUCCACCCGUCAACGUGCCCCAGGUUUCCUCUAUGCAGAUGGGGGCCGUGGACCUCCUGGGCGGAGGGCUGGACAGCCUGCUUGGCAGCGACCUUGGCGGGGGAAUUGGUGGCAGCCCUGCAGUGGGACAGACCUUCAUCCCCUCCUCGGUGCCAGCAACCUUUGCCCCCUCGCCAACCCCGGCUGUGGUCAGUAGCGGGCUCAAUGACCUCUUUGAGCUCUCCUCUGGUAUCGGCAUGGCUCCCGGGGGCUUCGUGGCCCCCAAAUCGGUCUGGCUGCCAGCCGUGAAGGCCAAGGGUCUGGAGAUCUCAGGGACCUUUGGCCACCGCCAGGGCCACAUCUACAUGGACAUGAGCUUCACCAACAAGGCCCUGCAGCACAUGAGCGACUUUGCCAUCCAGUUCAACAAGAACAGCUUUGGCGUCAUCCCCAGCACUCCAUUGGCCAUCCACACCCCCUUGAUGCCCAACCAGAGCAUCGAUGUCUCCCUCCCUCUCAACACUUUGGGUCCUGUCAUGAAGAUGGAGCCCCUCAACAAUCUCCAGGUGGCUGUGAAGAACAACAUUGACGUCUUCUACUUCAGCUGCCUCAUUCCGCUCAACGUGCUUUUCGUGGAGGACGGGAAAAUGGAGCGCCAGGUCUUCCUCGCGACGUGGAAAGACAUCCCCAAUGAAAACGAGCUCCAGUUCCAAAUCAAAGAGUGCCACCUCAAUGCCGAUACGGUGUCCAGCAAGCUGCAGAACAACAACGUCUAUACCAUUGCCAAGCGCAACGUGGAGGGCCAGGACAUGCUCUACCAGUCGCUGAAGCUGACCAACGGCAUCUGGAUCCUGGCCGAGUUGCGCAUCCAGCCGGGAAAUCCCAAUUACACGCUCUCCCUCAAAUGCCGUGCUCCGGAGGUCUCCCAAUACGUCUACCAGGUCUACGACGCCAUUUUGAAGAACUAGGCCUUCGAAGGAGGAGGAGCCGCCAUUUUGCGCCGGGUUUGGGGACCCGGCCACCGAAACGUUUCUUGUCUUUCUCUCUCUCUCUCUUUCGGGGGGGAGGCCGAGGUAGCGAAGUAGUUGUGUGCCCGCAUUAACACAGUUGUGUCUUUUUGGGGGAGGAAGCACCCUCCUCCCCGUUUGAUACUCUGCCAUUUUGCCACCGCUUCCGUGCCACCAUCGCCGCUCCUCUCCAUUUCGUGCCAACGCUUUCACACACUCCUUUUUGUCGCCGGAGGACGCAAACACACUCAACUCACCCUUUUAUAUAUAUAUAUAUAUAUAAAGAAUAUACUACUUGUUCCUUUUUUUAAAAAAAUGAGGGGAUGGGAAUAGGGCAUUGAAAUCCAUGAGAGUUGUAAUACAUCUAAAGGGGCACGUCUCCCCUGCCUGAAGUUCCAGAGUAAGGAUUAUUUAGUUGCCUUGGGAUUGAUUGAUUGAUUGAUUGAUUGAUCGAUGAAUCA